AUGACACCAUCAUCUUUGAUAAUUUUCAAACCAUCUGCCCAAAUUGUCCCUGCUGGAGGUACACCUCCAUUAUUGCCAUCAGAAAAUGUUGCUUCUCCAUAUGAGAUUAUGCAUACCCCUCAUAUAUACCAGAAUCAAGCAGAAAUCUCAAAUCAAUCUCUCAACUCUCAAGUGAUCCUUACAUCCAGUAAGCCAAAGCCUCUCACAUCAAUGGAAAGGGAAGAAGGAUCCCAAGAACAAAAUUCAAUUCCCAAUCAUGACAUCCCCCCUGAAGAUUUUACUACACAAACAGCUCAACCCAAAAAGAAGCAGAAAUUAGCUUCUGAACUUGAAUCUGGUGACAUUGUGAUUGAGGGAAGUAGAAAGAUGAGAAGUGAUGACAACCAGAAAAACAAAAGUUUGGUGAAAAAAGUCAAAGUUAAGAACAGUACAGCUUGGCUCAUGAGUCUCAGGAAAGAGGGGGCAGAUCAGAUCCGGUCCAUAAGAUCUCUUUGGUUGGAAGUCAGUUCAUUCUUUUCACCUUGGAAUCAGGAGCUUGAAGAUCCACAACAACAAGAUGUAUCUUAUCAAAAAAGAACCGCUAGCAGGAUGAGGAGUUGGAUUACACAUGCAUUUCUGGGUCUACUCAAAGCCCUACAUGAUCAAAGGAGUGAUCUUGUUUUGAUACCAAUUUCUGGGAUUCAAGAUCAGAAAGAGGAUGGAAUGAUUCUUCUGGAUGAUCUGUUGUUGGAUGGUUGGAAGUUUCUUAAAGGUAUAUUCCAGGAAAUCAAAGACAAGUUGAAUGAUAAUGAAGAGUAUUGUAUCAUAACUUUCAAACCUAGAGUCAAAAUCUUUGAUCUGUCUUCUCCAGAUGAUCUUCUUUAUUACUUGGCCAAUAAGGGGAAAAAUACAUCAUUGAACCUUGAUAAGCAGGCACUUUCAAACCUUCUUUCAACAUGGAAUUCUUCCAAGUCUAUUGGUAUAAGAUCAAAGCUUGAUACUGAAAAUGCAUUGGAUAAGAUUAUUUUUGAAUUCAAAGAAAAACCAGAAAACUCUCAAAAAACACUCACAACAGAUGACAUGAAAGAUGCUCUUUCGUUCAUACGUCACAGUGGAAAGUAUUGGAUUAAUGAACACAUGAGAGUGAGUGUUGACAGAUUCUUCAUGAAUCUCAAAAAAACAAUUUUAUCAAACUUAACAAAUCACCAAUCUCAAAUCACACAAGAGACCCAAAAAUACUUGAGUUCUGCAAUAUAUAGAGCAAAAAACUGGCUUUUAUCUGACUUUUUUGGAUGCCUUUUGAUGUUCCAAAGAGACCAAAAUCAAGUUCCUGAAGUUCAAGAAGCUGAAAUGACCAGAGCUUGGAAAUUUAUGCAGGAUAUCUUCAAAACAUGGUUGAAAGUUGAUCCUACAACAAUUGAUGUGAAUAUCUAUGGCAAAUUAGGAUAUGGUACACUUUAUGUUGAUCUACUAUUCUUUGAUUCUGAGGAAAUCUUCAAACACUACUUCAGCCUACCUCCACAUUCCAAAUAUAUAUCAUCUGUUCAUCUUUGGAGGAUUCUUGCUCAAUGGUAUAAGUUAGACCUCCAUAAACUUUCAGCAGAACAGAUGGAUCAUGUGGUGUACACAUAUAAGAGAAAUCUUUUGAAGGUAUGUGGGAAACAUCUUGAGGGAUUUCCUGAUAAUCCAAAAAUUUCUUCCUGA